GCGUGCAUUUCAAUGGCAUUUUGACGUUAUUUGAUUAAUUAACAAGGGUCAAAAUGGCUGGGUACGAAUAUCUAAACCUUGUUUGCGUAUUUCUUUUAACGGUGAAUUCAAUCGUUGCUCUGGAAAGGUACACCGAAUAUCCCAUGGAAAGAAAAGAAAUUUGUGAUCCACUGGGUAAGAAACGCUCAAUUCUACUAUCGAGUGAUCCUAACUCUGCUGUGAUUGUUCGGCCUAUGCACACUUUUGAACAUUGGCAUGUGCAAACCGACAAACAAUGCAGAUUUGUGUUCAAAGCUCAUAAAGGUGAGCAUUUGUUCACAGUUAUACAAAAUAUGUCUCUGAGAAGGAAUGGAACCGAAUGCAUGGAUUACAUCAAGUUUAAACGAAGAGACGGACACACAACCUGCAAGUUUUGCGGACAGAUAGAUCGAAGAAAAGUAACUUACCGACCUAUGCAGGAAGAAUGCUCCACUUGGAAUGAUGGAUCCGACACCCAACUUUAUCGAGAUUUUACUGAAUUCGACCUCGAAGGAGAAAUUGAAACGACCAUAUUCAUCUCGAAAACUCCAUUAGAGAAAAAUCAGACUCUUGAUCUUACCAUCGUCUAUACUCCGUACAAAAACUGUGAGAAAAUCAAGGAAAAUCGUGAGAAAUACAAAUCCUUAACGGAUGAGAAUUUGUGUUUAUGGACAAAAUAUUUUUGCGAUGGAAUUGUAAACUGUCCUGAAGAGGUAUGCCUUGACGAAGAAAAUUGCGAAAAGCUCUACGAUAUUGUGAGCAACGGUACAGGAACCAAAGUGACGAUAGGAGCCGUGACGACUAUGAUAUUAUGUUUUAUCAUAUUCAUAAUGGGAUUGUGGAUGUGUCGAAAAAAUAAAAGAUUGUGCUGGUCCUCCGAUUGCGCUGGACCCAGUGGUCAAGACAACAGAUUGUCAAGGAUAGAGCGCGAGGCGGCUGGUUCUGCAAAUCAGCCAGUAGUCGUCGAUCCGAUGCUUCAAGUUGCCACUGCACCCUCAGUUUUGGACAAAGAUUUGCCGCCUAGCUACGACUCCUUAUUUCCCGAGCAAUCGAAUCCACCUACUACUUAAGGCCUUGGAAGUAGCCCUCUGAACGACGGUCUCAAGUUUGCAUUGUUCAAGCGCAACGGAAAUCUUUCUAUCAUUUAUCAAUCGCAGCUUAGUAAUUCAUAGAAAUUUAUCAUUGGGACUUUUUUCCUCUUAGACUCCUUGAACAAUAUUUGCUCAAUGUGGCAAAUAAUACAUGGGAGUUGCUAUAUGAAAGAAUUUCGUUACAUUUAAACGAUGUCAAUUUUGAAAUCAUCGUAAUCGGCGUUAACGUAUCAUUGUUUAAUGUUUUAAUUAGGCAAUAUUCAAUAAUAACGAUUUUUUUGUAUGAUUAUGCAAUAUCUUAUACAACGAUACGCCGUGAAUCGAAUUGUUCGAUAGUCAAACAUGAAAAUGGCACAAAUUCCAUAACCGAAUACGAACGUGAAUAUAUGACUUUCCUCUCAUGGCCAACUAAAGUACGACAAAAAAUAUCGCUUGUUGGGAUCAAGAUACUUCGUUAGUGAAGUUACUCUGAGGUUUUAUAAACUUUGUACGUAUAAGGGGCUAAUUUUUUCACCCACGUAAAAUAACAAGUACGUAAUAUUGAACAGUAUUUUUGCAAUAUCGGGUAAAAUUUACCUAGUCUCGAAAAUGAAUUUAAUCCAAUUUUUAAGCACCGCAAUCGCUAAUGGCCUACAAACCAGAGCGGUACUUUUCUGUAACUAUACGAGACAAACAUUUUAAGAUUUUCCAACAUUCUGUUGGUUAAUGUAUGUUGCGUCUAACGAAGUUUUUCAAACAUGACAACACAUACAUACCUGAGGAAAAAAUAAAGAACAAAUUUCCUAUGGUAGCAAAUUUGAAAAAGUGCUUCCAGUACAACUUAAUACAGUUUACAAGAAUAGAACUUUAAACAAACAAAAUAGUUCAUUAACCCAAUCAUGUAUAAACAAAAAAUUGUACAUAACGCGUGCCCGUUGCUGUACAAGUUUUUUAACUAAUAGAAAAUACAAUCGAAUGAAAUGUUUACGCUGUCGCUAUAUUUGUUACGUCCGUACCCAAAAGCGGGAUAUUUUACAUUUUGUGUAUGUAAUCGCGUGGUCUCGACAUAUUUACACUUUUUUUACGCCAGGAAAAAUUUUAGUGGAAAUAAAAAUAUUGUAGGAGUAGUAAAGGCAUGAAAUAUUUGAAUAAUCAAAAUGAAUAAAGUUCAAAUUUAUGUAAUUGUAACAAUACCAAAAAAUGAUUAUGAAAAUGAAGCGAAAGAUUCGAAUUUUGAGGAACCGCAAAUUUCUGCUGCCUAAACGUAUCAAUGGAAAUAAUGCCUAAUGGACACAAAAUGAUUACACAAGCCCAUAUUUGUGUUUUUGAGAUAUGUUUACUUUUUAAUUCUACCAAAAUAUUUAUUUACACUCGAGUGAAAAAGUAGUAAAAUACUGUGAGAUGGCUCUCUCGCUAUCGAGUCGAAUAAACUAAAAUUGUAAGGAAAACAAAACUGGACUCGAUUCAUAAACGAAUAUUUUGUGAAAUCUU